UCCUACGGGAAAUAAUUCUAGAAUUCGACUUGAUGAUAUUGAAAGUCGAAAUUUCAUAUUGGAAGAAGAGGUUAAAGAUUUACGAAUUCAAUUAAGUAGUAAACAAAAUGAACUUAAUAAAACUUUGGAAUUGACAAAAUUAGAAAAUAAUGAAAAGAUGAAGAAAUUAAAAGGAAUAUUUAAUGAUGUCAACAAAAAAUUAACGGAACUAAGACAAACAGUUGUUACUAAAGAUUCAGAAAUUGAAGAAUUGAAAAAAACAAUGGAAAAUUUAAAAGAGAAAGAUGAAAAAUCAAAAUCAUCAGUUGAUGAAAAAUCAAUAGAAAAACUGACCACAGAAUUACACAGUCAGGCUUCCACAUAUAAUGCACAGAUAGAACAAUUGGAAUCCAAACUUCGACAAACAACUCAACAAAAUACAUCACUGAAAUCAGAAUUUCAACAAUAUAAAGCGAGAGCUCAUUCAUUACUUGAACAAAAGAAUUUAUCAAUUAAUAAUAAUAUAAUAGAUAUUGAUUCCGUAGCGGAAUUAAAUUAUUCUCAAGAAAAAAUUCGGGUACUUGAAAGAGAUCUGAAACAAUCACUUAAACGUAAUGGUCAACUUGAAAAGGAAUUUGGAAAAUCCCAACAAGUUUUAAAAGAAAAUGUCAAAGUAAUAAGAACUUUACAAGAAAAUUAUCAAAGUUUAUUAGAAGAGAAUGAAAAAUUGAAAAAAUCUCAGAGAGAAACAGAAGAACAAUAUAAAUCAAAUGUGAAUGAUUUUAAUGAUCGAUUCAAUAAAUCAACAGAAUUAAUUCAAAAAAGUCUUAAGCAAAAGCAAGAAGAAAAUGACCAAUUACAAUCAAUAUUAGAGAACAGAAUUAUCACAACCAUUACCACUACAAAUAUUACUACAAAUACCACAAAUAUUAACUCUACUGGGAAAAUUCAAUCUAUGCGUAAUCAUCACGUUAGAAGAGAAAGUAGUCGUUCUUCUUCACCCUCAUCUCCUCAUAGUAGACCAAAUUCUAUAUAUAAUUCAUUAUCAGAUUUAUUGGCGGAUACAGAAGAACGUGCAUCAACUUUAUCUGAUAAAGAGCAAGAUUAUGCAUUGAAAUUACAACAUAUGGCAGAAAUGUUAAAUGAAAGUGAAGUUCAUGUACAAAGAUUAAUGGAACAAGAAAAGAUAUUAAAAGAAGAAAUACGGAAAUUAGAUCGACUGGAAAAACGACAAGAUUUAAAUAUAGAAUAUUUAAAAAAUGUUGUACUUAAAUUUUUUGAAACAGAUUCAACGGAACGUGAACAUUUAAUUCCUGUAAUAUCAACAGUAUUACAGUUAAGUCCGGAAGAAACUCUCAGUUUAAAAGAUAAUUCUAUAUCUAAUUUUGUGGUUGAUGAUUUAAAUUUGUUAUUGUCUUAUCAAAAAUUAUCUCAUUCAUAUGAAACAGAAGAAGAUAUUGAUUAA